AUGGCUCCCAUGGUCAGGCCGGGGACAAGCCCCCGGCCUACCUACAGGGACCAUCAGGCCAUCCCGAUGUCAUCGACUUCUCAUCCGGAUAACCCGAUUCCCGAGGAGCCUCGCGUGCGGUCCCUGUCAGAGACCGAUUUCAACUUCGACGGCUCGUCUUUCUCCUUCUCCCAGGCCUCGUCGGAGGAAGGAUACGUGGAGAGCCCCGUCACUCCCAUCACCCCCCCAAUCGAACCUCGCUCUGAUGAGGAUGCCUUUGUCCAGUCGAAGAGAUUGUCUACCGGACCGGUGACAACCGGUCGCCGUCGCCGUGCCUCGACGGUGCUUAUCUCGCAGAAUGCCGAGGACAUGCGGAGAGUGCUGGAGAAUGUCGGCAAUGGGGGCACCCAGAAGGUCGAGAGCUUCUGCUGCGGAGGUGGAUGCUGCCGCAGCCAGCCGUUGAAGAGAAUCGCUCCCUCGACGGCCGGCCUGGAUGCCGUGCUCCCGCCUGCCAACCGAGCGUUCCAGUCUCUCAAGUUGAAUGUCGACAACCUGGCCCUGGACAGCAUGCUCACCAGCAUCGUUCCGCUACCCGAGAAGACCCUGUCCUUCGCCCCGGUGCCCAUCUCCGCCGUGGAUGUCAAGCUGGGACCCGCCGAUCACCCUCCCCAGUUUGUGAAGCCUCACCCCCCUUUCGACGUCUACCGUGCUCCGCUCCACCACGCCCGCGAGCUGACCAAGCCCGGGGCCGAGAAGCGGACCUUCCACUUCGAGAUCGACGUCACCGAUUACCCUCCGGAAAGUGGCAACGUCGAGUUCGUCGUCGGCGGCGCCAUUGGCAUCUGCCCCAGGAACAAGGACGAGGAAGUCGACGCCAUCUUUGACGCGCUCGGCAUCCCCAAGGCGAUCCGCGAUAAGAAAGUCACCCUGCACACCUCCAAGGGCCGCUGGCCGACCAUCUGGGAUGACGACAAGCCCAGAGACCUCCUGACCACCCGGCGGGAGCUGCUGAACUGGUGCUCCGACAUCCAGAGUUACCCCCCCACCAAGCAGUUCUUCCGCCUGUUGGCCGAAUACGCCUCGGAACCCAAUGAAAAGAAGAUCCUCGAGUACCUCUCGUCGGCCCAAGGCCAGGGCGCCUUCUGUGAUCUGCGCACGGGCUUGCACAUCACCGUCUCCCAGUUGCUGCAGGCGUUCCCCUCGUCCCAGCCCCCUCUUGAUCACCUGUUGUCCAUCCUCAACACCUUGAUGCCCCGCUUCUACUCGCUGUCGCAAGACCCUCUCCUGUCCUGCACCCGGUUCGGGAGCAACCGUCGCCGCUUCGUCGAGAUCGCCGUCUCGGUGGCCACCAGCGACGAUUGGAAGGGCGGCAUUCGGACCGGCGUCGGAUCCGGCUACAUGGAGGAGCUUGCCAUGAAGGUGAUCGAGGCCGAGCGCCAGGGUAUCGACCCCCAAACCCUGGGUAUCUCCGUGCCCAUGUUCCGAGGCUUGAUGGCCAACCCCCUUGCCAAGCGCUUCGCAUCCGAUGGGCCCAUGCUUCUCAUCGGCGCCGGCGUGGGCAUCGCUCCCUUCCGCGGCUUCGUCCAGCGUCGGCUGCAGUCUGCCAACUGCGCCAACAAGGUGUGGGUGCUCCAGGGUGUCCGGGACUCCCUGCUCGACGAGCUCUACAGUGGUGAGUGGGGGGUCGACGAGCAGAAGGUGCGCACUGUGGUCCAGAGCCGUCGAGGCGAGAGCAAGUACGUCCAGGAAGAGGUCCGCCACCAAGCCGACCUGGUCUGGUUCGUCAUCAACGCCUUGGACGGCCGCGUCUUUGUCUGCGGCAGUGGCAAGGGUAUGGGAGAAGGAGUCGAGGCCGCCUUGGUCGACGUGGCCAUGGCCAAGGGUAACCUCAACUACGAGGAGGCUCAACUCUUCUGGAGUAACAAGAAGGAGGCCGGGCAGUAUAUUGCCGAAACAUGGUAA